AUGCCGAAUACAGAGGCUACUCCAUUGCUUGAAGAUGAGUUGGGUGAUCAAUGGGAAGAUGACUCUGUUGAUUAUGGACUCAGGAAUAAUCCAUAUCUUAGAUAUGGUAUUUAUGCCGUGUGUGUCUUAAUCGGUCUUCCCCUUAUUUGCUUUCUAGUUAUCUAUCUUCCGAACGAAGCUCCUGCAAGUGAAGGGAUUUCAGAGAUUGCGGUGGCUGCCAAAUCUCCUGUUUAUUUACAUCCAGUUUUGAGACCUGUUAGACAAGAAACUGCGGAAUAUCAAGAUGCAGACAAUGAUUGGACUUUGAAAAUUCAUGAUCCAGAUGACCCAAUUAAAAAGGUUCCGAAUGUGUGCAAAUGGCAAUAUCUUGAUAACAAUUCCAAAUUGUUUAACAACCACGUUCAGAAGCUAGGCAAGUAUUAUGAAAACGCCAGGCCAGUGAAGAGACUGAUACUAAUUGGUGACAUUCAUGGAUCAUUCAAACCUUUGAUGAGAUUACUUAAGCGUGUGAAAUACAACCAUGAGUUUGACCAGAUUGUCAUGUUGGGAGACUUUGUGGCCAAGGGUAAGAGGUCUAUGGAUGUUCUUGACUGGGCCGUACAGAACGAUGCCGGCUGUAUUCUAGGAAAUCAUGAAAUAGAGGUGUUGAAGAGAUACGUUCAGUAUCAUGGACUUUCCAAACUUUCUUAUGUGGGGAGACAUGGAAAGAAAGAGAAUAUUACCAAUUUGAUUGACAUCAAAGAAACAUAUGAUUUGGACGACUUGAUGAGAAUUGCAAAACAUAUGACUCCUGCACAUAUUAAAUACCUAAGGGAAUGUCCAUUGAUUCAAGAACUUGGACCCGUCCCUCACUUGACGAAUAGGAAACAGACGAGAUAUUUUCCAUUUCCCGCUGAGGGUUACGGUGCUCACGCUGGUUUACUUUGGAAUUUCGAUCAUAUCGAAGACCAGGAUCCAAUUGCCGUUACCACAAUGAGAAACCUUCUCCCACCUAACUGGACUGAAUCUACUGAAGAUAGACACGAUAUGAUAGAUGGUGUCAAAUCUCAGCCAUGGACCAAACACUGGAAUGCUAAACAGCGAAAAGAUGUAACUACAGCUUUGAACAAUUCCACUAAGGGUGAUUCUCUUACCCUUGGAAAAAAGGUAUACUAUGGUCAUGAUGCCCAUAGAGGUGUUACCUUGAGAGAAUAUUCUGCUGGCCUAGAUAGUGGAUGUGUUUACGGCCUUGCGCUCAGUUCUGAAGUGAUAUGGGCCGAAGUUGUCACCCCAAAGAAAGGUGGAAAACCAUUUAUUGCCUACAGAAAUCAGUUUGUUCAAGAAAACUGCUAG